CCCCUAGCGCUGCGUGCAUAACUGCCCGGCGUCGCUUCUAAUAAAUGAAUCAGAAUUCUUCCUCCAUUUAAUGCUUUGAAUGCUAAGAACUCAUCCGUGCUGUGCCUCUUAGAACAAACUGCAAACGUUUAACACACGCCUGCUUCACGAGCAAAAUGGCUAAAAUUCACCCGGAGAACGAAGAUAAAGAGAAGAAGAAGGAACGCAGUAAAGACAAAAAGAAGAAAACGGAUGAUAGCAGCAGUAGUGAUAGCGAUAGUGGAAGUUCAAGUGGAAGCUCAUCUAGCAGCUCGCGGUCAUCCAGCUCGUCCAGUUCGGGCUCAAGCUCGCGGUCCAGCAGCAGUUCAUCCGAUAGUUCAUCAUCUAGCAGUGAUCACAAUCGUUCGCGCCCGAAACGCCGCUCGCGCUCCACGAGCACCAAGAAAAGCCGCGACAAAGAAUCCAAAGCAAAAGGCGUCAAAGCCGAAAAAGAGAACAAUCGCAGCCGCGAAAAGGUAAAAGAUGAGAAGGAAACCAAGCGUCGUACGCCAUCCAAAGAAGGACGAAAAUCACGUGGCAAGACACGUACAAAGUCACGCUCACGUUCACGCUCACCACGUAACAAGCGCCGUCGUCGCUCGCCAACCCCACGCCCAACGAAAAUCCAUAUCGGGCGCUUAACACGCACCGUUAACAAGGACCACCUCCUCGAGAUAUUUUCCAUGUACGGUAAGAUCAAGAACAUUGAGUUCCCCAAAGAUCAUGUGCAUGCGAACAUCGGACGCGGUUACGCGUACGUCGAGUACGAGACCGCCGACGAUGCAGAAAACGCGAUGAAAAACAUGGACGGAGGGCAAAUUGACGGGCAAGAAAUCACCGCGGCGCCUGUGGUUAUACCAAUGCCGCGAGCACAACCACCAAGACGAAGCCCACCGGUGCAUCAACGUCGUCCACCACCAAUGCGUCGACGCACACCGCCGCGCUUCCGUCGGCGUUCGCCUUUCAGACCGCCGAGGCGCAGCCCGCCUAGGCGACGACAAUAUUCAAGGAGUCCACCACCACGUCGCCGCAAUCGCAGCAGGAGUAGUUCCCGCAGUAGCUCGCGUUAAUCUACGUUUAAAUUUAAAUUCGAUAGACUUUAAUCUUACAUAUUUUGACGAUGUGUGCUGUCAGACGUUUUGUAUCCUAAGUUUUAUUGUAUGUAAUUUGAAGGAUUACUUUCAAGUCAAUUUCCCAAAUGUGUAGGGUGGUAAAAAGUUUGAAAGUUGACGGAUGACUCCUUAGUUAGAAACAUUUCUAGUUGUAAAAGGCAAAAAUAAUUCGAACUCAUGCAGGAUUUAUGCAUUUUUGUACCAUUUCAAGCUAGAUUAUAAUAAUCACAGAAAUUUUCAGCCACUGGUCAUGAAGCUACAGAGUAAAUAAACUGUUAAUAUCUAAAUCUGUGUGCAACGGCGAAUAAAUACAUUGAAAGCAGAAAA